GAGCGGGGGGCCCCGCCCCGACCCCUCCGGCUGCAGCUGGAGACGCGGCGGCUCCCGCAGGCGAGCGAGCGCGCCGAGCGCAGAAGGAUGCGGCGGCCGCGGAGGCCACCCGGGGGGCCCGGGGGCUCCGGGGGGCUCCGCGCGCUCCUCUGCCUCCUGCUGCUGAGCGGCCGCCCGGAGGGCUGCAGCGCCGUUAGCGCCCACGGUUGUCUGUUCGACCGCAGGCUCUGCUCUCACCUUGAAGUCUGCAUCCAGGAUGGCUUGUUUGGGCAGUGCCAGGUGGGCGUGGGCCAGGUCCGGCCCCUUUUGCAAGUCACCUCUCCCGUUCUUCAGCGCUUACAAGGUGUGCUCCGACAGCUCAUGUCCCAAGGACUGUCCUGGCACGAUGCCCUCACCCAGCAUGUGAUCUCCCAGGAAAUGGAGCGCAUCCCCCGGCUGCAUCCCGCAGAACCCCGCCCGCGGGACAGAUCCGGCUUGGUGGCCGUCCCCACGGACUCCGCCCCUGCAGCCCUGCACCGGUUUCCUCGACCUCCUCCCGGGGGCGGGGACGGAGCGGGGACGGGCGCUGGGUCCCCCCCUCUGCCCGCUGAGCUGCUGCCCCCUCUCCUGGAACACCUCCUGCUGCGCCCGCAGCCCCCGCACCCCGCCCUGAGUUACGAACCCGCCCUCCUGCAGCCUUACCUGUUCCACCAGUUCGCCUCCCGCGAUGGUGCCCAGGGUGCGGAGAGCCCCCCAGGGAUGCCGGGAGUGGGCCCCCUGCCCAAGGCUGACCCCCCAGCGCUCUUCGGCAGGACUGCCCCCAAGGGCGUGUUUGGGGCUCACUCCUAUGGGGACCCUCCCCCAGGGCCUUUGCCUGCCCAGCUCUUCCAGGAUUCGGGGCGGCUGUACCUGGCCCAGGACCGGACUGCGCCUGGUCGGGCCAAGGCACCCAGGCCGCCGGGGGCAGGGGGUGCUGGGGCCAGCAGCCUGGCAGAGGACUCCCCCGAGGGCUAUGAGGAGGAAGGCCCAGAGGGUCACAGGGAGAAGCCUCUUCCAGCUGUAGAGAAGCCAGACCUCACGCGGCAGAGACUGGCCACCCUGCUGGCGGGCUAUGGCGUGGAGCUGCGGCAGCUGAGCCCCGAGCAGCUGUCCACGCUCUCCGCGCUGCUGCAGCUGCUGCCCAGGGGCCUGGACCAGAACCCCGGAGGGGCUGUAAAUGCUGGCGCUGACAUCAAGAAAACCAUGGAGGAACAGGUGCAGGGGGGAGAUAUAGCAGAGCCUCGGUCCCCCACGCCCUCCUUAGCGGGGUACCCCACUGCCAAGGCCCAGCAAGUACUGAGCUCAGGGCCCUCUGAGGCCCCCAAAGCUGCCGCUUUCUCCGCCGCCCCUGUCCUGCUGGAGAAGAAAAGUCCGCUGGGCUCGGAGGAGGGGCCGCCGCGGGCACAGCCCUCAGUGGAGGAGUAUGGCUACAUCGUCACUGAUCAGAAGCCCCUGAGUCUGGCAGCAGGAGUCAAGCUGCUAGAGAUCCUGGCCGAACGUGUGCACUUGACCCCCAGUCACUUCAUCAACAUCAGUGUGGUGGGACCGGCCCUCACCUUCCGCAUCCGGCACAAUGAACAGAACCUGACUCUGGCCGACGUAACCCAGCGAGCUGGGCUGGUGAAGUCCGAACUGGAAGGGCAGACAGGGCUGCAGAUCUUGCAGACGGGAGUGGGACAGAGGGAGGAGGCAACUGCUGCCCUGCCCCGGGCGGCCCACAGCACCUCUCCCCUGCGCUCCGUGCUGCUCACCCUGGUGGCCCUAGCGGGCGUGGCCGGGCUGCUGGUGGCUCUGGCCGUGGCUCUGUGCAUGCGGCACCACUCCAAGCAGCGGGACAAGGAGCGCCUGGCGGCCUUGGGCCCUGAGGGUGCUCAGGGGGACACUACCUUUGAAUACCAGGAUCUCUGCCGCCAGCACAUGGCCUCCAAGUCCCUGUUCCCGAGGACCGAGGGUGCCCCGGAGCGGCCACCCGAGCCGUCCCGCGUGAGCAGCGUGUCCUCGCAGUUCAGCGACGCGGCCCAGGCCAGCCCCAGCUCACACAGCAGCACGCCGUCGUGGUGCGAGGAGCCGGCGCAGGCCAACAUGGACAUCUCCACGGGCCACAUGAUCCUGGCCUACAUGGAGGACCAUCUCCGCAACCGGGACCGCCUGGCCAAGGAGUGGCAAGCGCUGUGCGCCUACCAGGCCGAGCCCAACGCCUGCGCCACGGCCCAGGGCGAGGGCAACGCCAAAAAGAACCGCCACCCCGACUUCCUGCCCUAUGACCACGCUCGCGUCAAGCUGAAGGUGGAGGGCAGCUCUUCCCGGAGCGAUUACAUCAAUGCCAGCCCCAUCAUCGAGCACGACCCCCGGAUGCCCGCCUACAUCGCCACCCAGGGCCCCCUGUCGCACACCAUCGCGGAUUUCUGGCAGAUGGUGUGGGAGAGCGGCUGCAGCGUCAUUGUCAUGCUCACGCCCCUGGUGGAGGAUGGGGUCAAGCAGUGUGACCGCUACUGGCCAGACGAAGGCUCCUCCCUCUACCACGUGUAUGAGGUGAACCUGGUGUCGGAGCACAUCUGGUGCGAGGACUUUCUGGUGCGGAGCUUCUACCUGAAGAACGUGCAGACGCAGGAGACGCGCACGCUCACGCAGUUCCACUUCCUCAGCUGGCCGGCAGAGGGCACCCCGGCCUCCACCCGGCCCCUGCUGGACUUCCGCAGGAAAGUGAACAAGUGCUACCGAGGCCGUUCCUGCCCCAUCAUCGUGCACUGCAGUGACGGGGCGGGCCGGACGGGCACCUACAUCCUCAUUGACAUGGUCCUCAACCGCAUGGCGAAAGGAGUGAAGGAGAUCGACAUCGCGGCCACCCUCGAGCACGUCCGCGACCAGAGGCCGGGCCUGGUGCGCUCCAAGGACCAGUUCGAAUUUGCCCUGACAGCUGUGGCUGAGGAAGUGAAUGCGAUUCUCAAGGCGCUGCCCCAGUGAGCGCCCUUCCCCACCCCAGCGGGGCCUGGCCUCAGCCCCUCCUCGCCUUUGUGAGCAUCUGUG